AUGCCUCCAGUUGAGACUCUCCUCGAAGGUGUCCAGAUCUUUGGACGUGUCGACGACAUCCACAAGCCGAUCCUUACUAAGGACGCCGUUGCCUUCAUUGCCACCCUUCACCGCACUUUCAAUGGUCGCCGCAAGGAACUCCUUCAAAGACGCAUCUUAAGACAAGCAGAGAUUGACCGAGGUGUUCUCCCCGAUUUCCUUCCAGAAACAAGGCACGUUCGUGAAGACCCAACAUGGCAAGGUGCCCCCCCAGCCCCAGGUCUUGAAGACCGACGGGUUGAAAUUACAGGCCCUACCGACCGCAAAAUGGUUGUAAACGCCCUGAACUCUAAUGUUUGGACCUAUAUGGCCGAUUUUGAAGAUUCGAAUGCCCCAUCGUGGGAAAAUAUGGUCAAUGGCCAAGUCAACCUACACGAUGCGAUUCGGCGUCAGGUCGAUUUUAAGCUACAGGGAAAAGAUUAUAAACUUCGUACAGACCGAAAGCUUCCUACUUUGAUUGUCCGCCCACGAGGCUGGCAUUUGGAAGAAAAACAUGUCGUUGUUGACGGUGAACCAGUAUCCGGUGGAUUGUUCGAUUUCGGUCUUUACUUCUUUCACAACGCUCAUGAGCUUGUCAAGAGAGGUGCAGGACCUUAUUUCUAUCUACCAAAAAUGGAGUCCCAUCUCGAGGCCCGGCUUUGGAACGACGUUUUUAACUUGGCACAGGAUACCGUUGGCAUGAAGAGGGGGACAAUCCGCGCCACGGUGCUCAUAGAAACUAUCUUGGCUGUUUUUGAGAUGGAUGAAAUAAUUUACGAACUACGAAACCAUUCGUCUGGCUUGAACUGCGGAAGAUGGGAUUACAUCUUCUCUACAAUCAAGAAAUUCCGACAGAAUCCCAGCUUCGUUCUCCCGGAUCGAUCAUGCGUCACCAUGACCGUCCCUUUCAUGGACUCUUAUGUCAAGCUUUUGAUCAAGACUUGCCAUCGUCGUGGGGUUCAUGCUAUGGGCGGCAUGGCCGCGCAAAUCCCAAUCAAAGACGACCCGAAGGCCAACGACAUAGCGAUGGAUAGCGUAAGAGCAGAUAAGCUUAGAGAAGUCCGGGCGGGGCAUGACGGCACAUGGGUGGCGCACCCAGCUCUUGCCAGCAUUGCUACGGAAGUCUUCCACAAAUUCAUGCCGACUCCAAACCAAAUGUUUGUCCGACGUGAAGAUGUCGUGAUCACGCGGAAUGACCUCCUCAACAUGAAUGUUCCCGGAAAAAUUACUGAAGAGGGAAUCAAGAAGAAUAUUGCCAUCGGCCUAGGUUACAUGGAAGGUUGGUUAAGGAACGUUGGCUGUGUCCCCAUCAACUAUCUCAUGGAAGAUGCAGCAACUGCAGAAGUGUCUAGGAGCCAGUUGUGGCAGUGGGCUAGGCAUGGGGUGACGACGGCUGAAGGCAAGAAGGUUACAAAGGAGUAUAAUCUGGCUUUGAUGAAGCAAGUUCUGCAAGAACUGUUAGCCAAAGCACCUAAGAGUAAUAAGUUCGAGGUUGCUGCACGAUACUUUGGCACCCAAAUCACUGGGGAAGAUUAUGCCGAUUUCCUUACAUCGUUGCUGUAUAACGAGAUAGUGUCAAUUGGAGGCGUUGCAUCAAAGUUGUGA